CCCAUUUCCCCGAAAUCAGCCCAUUUACAGGAAACCGUAUACGUGUAGUUUCGUUUUCUCCUUGUGGUGGACCCUUCUAGUUUCCAUUUCCCCUUAUAUGGUGUUGUUUUUCUUCUUCAGGUUAGGGAGUUUUUGGGAGCAUAGGCGCCAUUCCUUUACACACUACAAUCCUUACUUAAGCAAAAUAAACAUUGAUCUUUACUACAUGAACUUUGCCACACAUCUUCUCUGAUGCUACAGAAUUCUCCACAAGAGCUGCUUCAAGGAAUUUCUGUCAGGAUGUUCAGACUAUAUUCAGAGAACAAACAACAACUCAGUGUCGGAUUGACUUGGGGAUCAUCAAUGAAGAGAAGCUUUAGGCAGAAAUGGAGAAUUCUGGAGAGAAGGGAGGAGAAGGGAAAUUCUCACUUUCUUGUGACAUCCUGCUGAACACGUCAUGGGAAUUCCAAGGAGGCAGGAGAAGGCUACUCAAUAUACAGGACAGGAGGGUCAGAGCUGAAGUUAAGUAUCAGCAAGUGAAAGCUGUAAGUUGGGCUUAGGCAAAAACCUAAAAUACUGACUUUGCAAAGGGAACAGGCUCUACAUUGAGGCAACUAUACCAGUAUACUACUGUGAAUUAGGAUUCUACAGCCAUUGUUGCUAAUUCUGCAAAGCCAACCGAAAGAAGAAGAAGAAGAAGCUUUAUAGCCAGUUCCUGCCAUGAGGAAAGCCUUUUGGUCCCUGUCUGUUCUCAUCUAUGGACUUUUGUUACUUAAGGAGAGCACUUGCUGGACAUACCAUCCUUCAGACCAAAAUAUGAGUUACCCAGAUGCAGAGAAAUGGUGUAAAACCCAUUUUACCCACCUAGUUGCUAUUCAAAAUAAGGAGGAAAACAAGUACUUGAAUGUAGUGCUUCGUCCAAAUCCAAAUUAUUACUGGAUUGGGGUCAGAAAAAUUGACAGUGAGUGGAGAUGGGUUGGGACAAACAAGAAACUGACUGAAGAAGCUAAAAACUGGGCUAAAGGUGAACCAAACAACAAAGGGCAAAACCAGGACUGUGUGGAAAUCUACAUCAAACGAACAGAAGAUUCAGGAAAAUGGAAUGAUGAGCCUUGUGGGAAAAAGAAAGCAGCUUUGUGCUAUACAGCCUCCUGCAAACCACAUUCCUGCAAUGGUCAUGGAGAAUGUGUGGAGACUAUUAAUAAUUACACCUGCUACUGCAGCAGAGGAUUCUAUGGGCGUGAAUGUGAACAUGUAAUUACUUGUGACCCACUGAAAGAACCAGACCAUGGUACCUUAGAGUGCAACCAUCCAGUGAAGGAUUUUAGCUACAACUCAUCUUGCCAUGUUCAAUGCAUGGAAGGUUAUAAAUCAACUGGGCUGGAACCAGUAUCAUGCACCUAUUCUGGAAACUGGUCUGCACCCACCCCUGUGUGUAAAGUUGCAGAAUGUCAUAAGCUACAGAAACCUGCUCACGGAUUCCUUAACUGCUCCCACCCCUAUGGAAAUUUUGCCUGGAAUUCAUCAUGCAAGUUUGGCUGUGAAGAAGGCUUCACCUUGAAUGGCUCCAGUAGGCUCCAAUGUGGUGCAUCUAAAGAGUGGGAUGGGCAGGCACCAGAGUGUGAAGCAGUGAAAUGUGAAGUAGUACAUCAUCCUGAAAAAGGCUUUGUGCGUUGUUCCCAUGCUGACACAGAACUAACCUACAACUCAACCUGUGAUUUCGUUUGUAAAGAGGGCUACACCUUAAGAGGAUCACCACGCAUCCAGUGCUCAUCAAAGGGACACUGGUCAGAGCCAAUUCCUGUAUGUGAAGUUGUGGAGUGUAGUGAACUAAAGCCUCCAGUUCAUGGCUUCUUGUACUGCUCUCAUGCUACUGGAAAUUUUUCCUGGAAUUCAUCCUGCAAGUUUGCUUGUGAAGAAGGGUUUGCCCUGAAAGGAUCUAGUGAGCUCCAGUGUGGUGUGUAUGGAGAGUGGAGUGGACAGCAGCCAGAAUGUGAAGCAGUGAAAUGUGAAGUGGUAGGUCAGCCUGAAAGGGGCUUUAUGAACUGCUCCCACCUUGAUACAGAUCCAAUCUACAACUCAGUCUGUGAAUUUAGUUGUGAGGAAGGCUACACCUUAAGAGGAUCAUCCAAAAUUCAAUGCUCAUCAAAAGGGCACUGGUCAGAGCCAGUUCCUAUAUGCGAAGCAACACAAUGUGAAAUACUCGCACACCCUGAGAAUGGCUUCUUGAAUUGUUCGGACCCUGAUGGACAUUUUGCCUAUAACACAAUUUGUGAGAUCAGCUGUACAGAGGGAAGGAUAUUGAACGGUCCCCAUAGACUCCAAUGCCUAGCUUCAGGAAACUGGACAGCAAGGCUUCCCGCAUGUGAAGCUCCUCAUGAGUUUGUUUCUGUGGCAAUUGGAGCAACAGCCACUGGGGCCUCUUUCCUUUCAAUAGGAUUGCUCCUUAUUUGGCUGAUCAAGCGUUUUCGAAGGAAAGCAAAGAAAUUUACUCCUGCCAGCAGUUGCCAGAGCCUCGAUUCCGAAGGUACUUUCCAAAGUUCUGCUCACCUAAUUUAACUCACUCAGGAUUUCAAGCUGUCUUCUCUAAUCCUUGAGGUAUUUGAGGAAGGAAAAUGAAGAAUGACUAUAGAUCAAGCGCCAGAAGUAUUUUAUCAGUGAGAACAGCAAGAGAAGAUGCGAAUCUCUGUGCCAGUAUCCAGCAGCCUUCAGAGAGCAAGGUAUCUCCAUGGACAAAGAUAAAACAUGUUUGUCAUUAACAAACUUAAGAGAAGGUACCAUAGUGACCUGAGAAACAUCUUCCUGCUACACCACAGCAGUCCUUCUUCUACUGGGCAUAUGAACAACUAGUCCCCUUUCAUUUCAGUUGGUCUAGCACAGAGAACUUCCUGGUGGAUUAUAACCCUUAUUUCAUGAAAUAAAAUAAUUAUGUGUGUAAUGGUCAGAGCUGAAAUGCAAUCAUGGAAAAAAAUCUCAUUCAGAUCCUCAAGUUUUGAAUGCAUAUGUUGAUAUUCUGACCCAGAAAUUCAUAUUUUGUUUGUCAUGUAAAAUAACUGAUCUAUGCAAAACUCCAAAGAUUUCAAUAUCAGUGUGAAAAUUUGAUAUUUUGAUUUUAAAUUCUGGCUGGAGAUGGAUUUUAGAUUUGCAUCUUUGGAGGAGACUUUUUUGCUUUAUCAUCAAAAGGUGGAUUUGAUAUCCAGAUUUCACCAAAAAAAAUACUUUUGGGUAUCAGUUCCACUUCUUCCUCCUCAUGUGGAAGCAAUAGAUGUUAAUUAUUUUGGUGCAAUUUUCUAGCGACUCCAGUACUGUCUAACUAGUAUUGAAAUUAAUUUUAGGAUAAAAGCAUCUAUUUAGUUUCUCAAAUGCUGAGUUUGCAAAAUUUAUCAAAAUUCUCAAAAAGUUCAUUACAGUUAUAACAAUGUAGAAUUGUUCCUUAUUGACUAUGUUUUACAGAGCAUUUUCAGUAUCAGAACCCUCUAUGUGAAAGCUAUGGUGUAAUUACAUCCAUGAUGGUAGUGUUUCCUGAAAUCAGGCAAGGCUUUAGAAAUAUUUCAUCCCUAUGGGAUUUACUACUGUAACUUCUGUUACACUGAUUAUAUUUAUUGUUUGGGCAUUUUCCUCUCAGUGCAAAAAACUGCUAAAGAAUAUCUAGUCCUAUAGAAAAAAGCAGGUAGAAUCGGUUACACUUACUAAAACCUCUCCUAAUAAAUGGCAAAGCUAAAAACUGUUGAAAAACAUAGAAGUAUAUUUUACAACAUUGUAUAUAUUAAUAGAGUGAAAACAUUGCGGCUUAUAUCCACAAACCUAGCUGAAAGACUUGGAUUUUAAUUUAACUUAUUACCAUUCAAUCCAGUUUAAAGAAUGUAUAUUUUUAUCAGUUUCAGGCCCACAGUUAAAAGGGGUCAAUUGUUUUUGCUUAGUUUUGAUUAGUUUUUCAAUUCUGAAUUUUCCU